UCAUUUUCGGUGCCUGCGGGAUUAGUACGUGCGGGUGAAUCAUACGGCGUAGCUUGACUCUGGAGCUUAAGAGCUUAUUGGCAACAUCACCAGCGAGCGCCGGUCCGGUCUUGGUGUUGAGCGGAAUUUAGCACCGCCGCCUGCCCAGCGAAAAGCGAACCACCUGAUCGAGCGGGGUGAACCACAGAAACAACGUACGUGUCAGUGUAUUACGUGUCGAAUCGGCCGAACGAUGGGAGUUGUUGGAAAAGGCAACGGGAUGCGUGCACUCAUCCUAGUCGGUGGCUACGGGACGCGGCUCCGUCCACUGACUCUCAGCACACCGAAACCACUGGUAGAGUUUGCCAACAAACCGAUCCUCCUGCAUCAGAUCGAAGCGCUCGUCGAGGCCGGUGUCACGCAGGUUAUUCUGGCCGUGUCGUACCGUGCCGAGCAGAUGGAGGCUGAGCUGAAACUGCAGGUCGAGCGGCUCGGCGUUCGGCUUAUCUUUUCACACGAAACCGAGCCCCUUGGGACGGCGGGCCCUCUGGCGCUGGCCAAAUCGAUUCUCAGUGAAAGCACCGAACCGUUCUUUGUGCUCAACUCGGACAUCAUUUGCGACUUUCCGUUCAAAGAGCUGGAACAGUUCCACCGGCGGCACGGUCGCGAGGGUACGAUCGUUGUGACUCGCGUCGAGGAACCCUCCAAGUACGGUGUGGUGCUGUACGCGGACGACGGGAGCAUCAAGAGCUUUAUCGAGAAGCCGCAGGAGUUCGUGAGCAACAAAAUCAACGCCGGCAUGUACGUACUCAAUCCGUCCGUGCUGCGGCGCAUCGAGCUGAAGCCUACUUCGAUCGAGAAGGAAAUUUUCCCCGUGAUGUCUCACGAGAAGGAGCUGUACGCGUUCGAGUUGCACGGUUUCUGGAUGGACAUCGGACAACCGCGCGAUUUCCUUACCGGCAUGUGUCUCUACCUGACCUCGCUGCGCCAACGGCAACCGGAGCGACUGUACGGCGGACCGGCAGGCUUCGUGGGGAACGUGCUGGUUGAUCCGUCAGCCAAAAUCGGAGCAGGCUGUCGCAUCGGUCCGAAUGUUACCAUCGGUCCGAACGUGGUGAUCGAGGACGGAGUGUGCAUCAAACGGUGCACCAUUUUGAAGGACGCCAUCAUCAAGUCACACUCGUGGUUGGACAGUUGCAUUAUUGGGUGGCGCUGCGUCGUCGGGCGCUGGGUACGACUCGAGGGCACCACCGUGCUCGGGGAGGACGUAAUCGUGCAGGACGAGAUCUAUAUCAACGGCGGGCAGGUGUUACCGCACAAGAGCAUAGCGCUCAGUGUACCGGAACCGCAGAUCAUUAUGUAGGGGCGUCCGUGCCUCCCGCAUUCUCCUUCAGCCAGACCAAACUGCCGAACGCCUGUGAUGAGGGGCCAACGGUGUUUUGCCCGAAGCGGGCACCAUACGCGAAAGCGAUGAGCGAUGAGCCAAACCGGUUUUCUUCCUCUCAUUAACGUUUAAAUAUAGGCGAAUCGGAAGAAGCAUCCGGUUGCGUGGGUUUUUUGUCGUAGCGUCCACGGGCGCCCAGUAGACAAUCAACGGAAGCGGAAUCGACAGUGCGGGCGGGCAUUUUUGUUUUUGUUUAACCGAAGAAUAGAGGGCCUGCUCUAUUGUUUGUUCACGAUGGAUGCGAAGAUCGAUUGGUAAGAGUGAGCACACUCGAAUUCAAGAGUUGAUUUUAAUUUUAUGUAAUCCCAUAUUGCAUUCCAGAAGCGAAUAAAAUUGGAAACAAAU